GUAUCCCCGGAAUAAAGCGUCGAACUUAGGAUUUAGCUUUCGCGCGAAAUGGUUGCGCAAAAUCACUCCUUUUUUGUCGCCAUCCUGAGAAGAAAGGCUUUUGGGGCCAGAAAGUGUGCUUUCAUUCCCACGAUUCACGAACAGAGAUGGCAAGGAUGUUCUCUGCUUGUUUCGCGCUGCGCUCCUUUCCUUGGAUGCUAUCAAUAGAGUCCGAAAUAUAUGGCUGUCAUCUUUGAGCAAUGUACGGGUAUAUAAGGGGCUCAAUCCUCCUCUGUGGACAAGCAACAAGAAUUUUGUCAUUAUCGCAAGCUUUCUAAACUCUUUUCUACGCUUAGUCAAACAACCCAUCAAACAGCCCUUUCAGUCGUCAAUAAAACCCAAAAAUAAACCAUGUCAGUACCCAGAAUUGCCAUAGCAGGUGCCGGCCCAAGUGGUUUGACCUUAGCCCGGCUGCUUCAACACAGCGGGAUCAAGUGCACAAUAUUUGAACUUGACCUCAAUCGAAAUGCUCGCUCUCAAGGUGGAUUGAUCGACCUCCACGCCGAUAUGGGUCAACGUGCUCUUCGUGAAGCUGGUCUCAUCGAGGAAUUCCGAAAACACUGCUUGCCUGAAGCAGAUUCCAUGAAGUUGGUGAAAGCGGAUGGAACUGUAGUCUGGGAUGAGAAUGAGAAGGAUGAGGAAAAGGACUUAAACCGUCAGGCUAGAGAUCGUCCUGAGAUUGAUCGUGCGAGACUGCGCGACAUCCUUUUGGAUUCUGUUGAUCCGGACUUGAUUCAAUGGAACAGCAAACUUAUUCGUGUUGAGCCUAGCAAGACCAACCCUGCACAAUUCGAUCUUCAUUUUGCCGGCUAUGUUGCGGAAGGAUUUGACCUCGUUGUUGGGGCGGAUGGCGCAUGGUCAAAGGUUCGGCCUCUUGUCUCAGCGCAGCUCCCGGAGUACUCUGGUGUUAGUAUGAUUGAAAUGAGAGCUCUCAAUGUUUCUGAGAGGAAGCGGUGGCUGUCUGAUUACGUCGGUAAAGGAAGUUUAUUCAUGUUCGAUGAAGGCCGGAUGUUUAUUUGUCAGAGAAACGGCUAUGAUGGCGUUCGAGUUUACGCUGGGGUACGCAAACCAGAAUCCUGGAUUCAGAACUCUGGUAUUAAAUGGGAGGAUCCCAUCGAGGCUCGCAAACAGCUCGCAGAACAGUACUUCGGAGAUGUUCAUGACGACUUAAAGAGACUUAUAUUUGAAGCAUCAGACAGUCUUCUUGCGCGGCCAUUGUACAUGCUUCCUGUCGGCUUCAAAUGGCCUUCUCGUCCAGGUGUCACACUUCUCGGAGAUGCAGCUCAUUUAAUGACUCCUUUCGCGGGUGUUGGCGUUAAUGUUGCCAUGAAUGAUGCGAUGUUACUUGCGCAUGCUCUGUCGAAGCAGAGAGAUAAUUUUGCGAUGGAUAUGGAGGGUAGUUUGAAACAGGCUAUUACGGAAUAUGAGGAGCAGAUGUUUAAGAUUGCGAAGAAAAAUAUGGAGAAGACAUACCAAGGGUUAGUACAUCAUUUUAAGGCGGACGGUAUUGAGCAUAGAAUGGCGCACCUGCAGGAGAGGGCAAAGCAUAUUAAAGAGGCUAGGGCGAACGGAAGUGUAGUUUGAAAUGGAGAGUAUGGAUUUGAGUCAAGGUAUCAAUUCGCUCUUUGAGGGUUUUCGCUGGGUAUCUAAGGCGUGUAGGUUGAGCGGAUAGGGCAACAUAUAUCAAUGCUUCGAUUUGGAUUGAACUUGAUCGAAGGCAAGAUUCGAUGUAUAGGAUUAAACUAGAUCUCAAAAUUCAAAUAGCCCUGUUUUGAGAAAGUAUAGACUGAAGAGUGAAGAUGGUACAUAUCCGAUGCUGACAUCCAGAU